UAAUUCGGCGUGUUUGUAGCUCACCUAGACGCUGGAAUUUAAACACAAUGUUAACUUUUCCCCCGUCUCUUUCGCCUGUCCGUGCAUGUCUUUGCGGAAUUCCUGGCUUACCUUUUAUUGUAAAGUCUGUUUUGUCUGAAGACUUGUCGUGAAUAGGCCACGAAACACACCCGGACACUAAAUGAUGGACAUUACUACAUUGUGCAAAGGUGGACUCGAUGACAACUAAAUCGGCUGCUUUUUCAACGUUGUUUGGAAUGAGGAUGUUCCAGCAGUGUGAGGAGCCUCGUUUCACCAUCGAGCAGAUCAACCUCCUCCAGCGGCUCAGGAGGACUGGCAUCAAGCAGGUUGAGGUGGUCCACGCCCUGGACGCCCUGGACCACCUGGCUCGCCCCCGUGCUAACUCCUCCUUGAGCCACAAACCGCCUUCGUCUUCCAUGGCGGCCACCUCCUCCGUGACAUCCUGCGCCACUCAGACCGACUUGACCGACGGCAGACUGUCGCCGAGUGGCGACGCCUUCGACGGCGGUGCCCUCCUCCUUCCGCUCACCGUAGCCUCGCCCGUCGCCAUGGCGACAGUAGCUCACUCCAAUGGGAAGCUGUCGCCCCUGGGCGUGGCGGCGCCGGGCUACGGCUUUGAUACGGGCGAAGAAGACCUUGAUAUGGAUGAAAAGGUGGAGGACCUGAUGAGGAGGGACAGCGCGCUGAUCAAGGAGGAGAUCAAGUCCUUCCUGGCCAACAGGCGCAUCUCUCAAGCCGUGGUGGCCCAGGUGACGGGAAUCAGUCAGAGUCGCAUCUCCCACUGGCUCAUCCAGCAAGGAUCGGACCUGAGCGAGCAGAAGAAACGAGCCUUCUUCCGCUGGUAUCAACUGGAGAAGACCAACCCUGGCGCUACGCUGGCCCUGCGAGCUGCCCCGCUGGCGCUGGAGGACGUGAUGGACUGGCACCAAGCCACGCCCACUUUCGCCCCCACCCCCGGGGCCUUCCGCCUGCGACGGGGGAACCGAUUCACCUGGAAGAAGGAGUGCCUGGCUGUCAUGGAGAGCUACUUCAGUGACAACCAAUAUCCAGAUGAAGCCAAGCGGGAGGAGAUUUCCUCCGCCUGCAACGGCGUCAUUCGGCAAGCAGGAAAGAAGCUGCUAGACUUUGAGAAGGUGACGUCCCUGAAGGUCUACAACUGGUUCGCUAACCGCCGCAAAGACCUUAAGAGGCGAGCCAGCAUCGAAGCAACCAUCUUGGAGAGCCACGGCAUCGAUGUCCAAAGCCCGGGAGGUCAGUCCAACAGCGACGAGGUGGACGGCAACGACUUCCCUGAGCAGAGUUGUGACGUGUCUUUGUUUGACAAGCGAGUCGCCGCCCGGCCGUUUGCCUUUGCUCGAGCCGACCUGUCAUCGUCCGCCCAGGUAGGACCCGCCCACCAUCACGCGACCUCGCAGGAAGCGACCCUCCACUCCCCCCCCUCUCUCUCCCGACGACAGGUUCCCACACUGCUCCCCAGCUGGUUGGCCACCCUGGCCGCCCGAGGAGGUGUGUCCGGGCAGCAGAGGGGUGGCGCCGUGAUUGCCCGCUCCUUCCUUUCUGGGGCGGGCGUGUCCUGGUCGCCCCCUUCACCCUCCCUCCAGGACGAGGCCGCCACCCGCAGCAUGCUGGCCGAGCCCCGAGAUGCCGCCUGUUUGGACACGGCGGCUGUCAAUCAGGUCGAGGGGGCGGGGCAGAGUGAGGUUAAUCACGUCAAGACAGAGGUGAUGGAGGAUGACUGAAGGGGGGCAGGGUCACAGUGUACUCAUACUAAUGCAGAUUGAUACCUCAUAACCCCUCCCUCCUCCUCCGCCAUUUUAAGAGCAAAUGGAGGUUCUAACGUUCCCCUCAUGACUGAAGAACCCCCACGAGGGUCCCGUCUUCACUGUGAUCACAACUUGGCAGCCUCAAAUUCAUAAUGAAAACAUCUACUUGGGGUAUCAUACGGUUGGAUCAUGUGACCUGACCAAGGAACUCCGCCCCCAAAUAAGCUCAUCAUGGAAGCAAAGAAAUGCUUUUUUUCUUUUAGCAGAAACUAAUAACAGCAACAAUGUAGUAAAAUUACAAAAAAAGCAUAAUAUUAUGGGGAAAAAGUUGUAUUAGCAGAAUUAAUAUACUUUUUAUUUUAGAGGAAAGAACGGAGUUGCUAUAUUCAUGGGAAAUGUCAAAAUUCCCAUUAAAGCAACUUAAAUGAGCAAAAAUGUCAUUUAAAAAAGGAUACAUAUUGACGUUACUUCUAAUAUGUGCUUUUUUUCUGGGGAAAUGACAACUUCUUCCAGAAUUCUGUUUCAUCUUUUUUUUUUUUUUCAAGUAGCGACAACCGGAAAUAAAAUAUCACUUGUGUUUGAAAAUAAUUCUAAUGAAAAUUGAUGGAAAAAAAGGAUUAACAUACUAAGACUGUUGCUCUUCAACAUUUUUUAAAAUAUUGUCAAUAUAAUUUAAUCAAUUUGAUCAAUUCUGUGCUGUUAUUAAUUUUUUUGAACUUUUUUAUAAUAAAAAAAAAUAAUGUUAAGUGCUAGAAAUUAAGAAAUUGUAUUUCAAUCCGUUAUCUUCCUCAUAAAUUAAAAUGAAAUAUUUUCUUUGAAUCUGAACUCAAGCCAUCAAAUACAUUUAGCUGCACAAAUAAACUUUAAAAGUGCAGCAAACACACACGUGCACGUAUUUAGAGCCUUUCUUUGCGUCCAUAACACGAACAUGCUUGUAUGAUUAUAUAGUAUUUAUCAUGAGCAUAGCCUUGUACUCUACUCUACUGUAUAUACUCUACGUACCUUUUUAUACUAUUAACAAAAUAAGCUUCCAGCGACUGAAGCAUUAGCCAAAGUGUUACCUUGAAAAUGGACUUUAUAUUCAUUUUGGCCGUCUACGUGUGUUCAUGUGUAAAACUACUCCAGAAUGCCGUUUUUCAUCUUCUGCCGUGUGUUUAAACACGUUUAUUUCUUGUUUAAGGUGCUUUGGCAGUCGGCCACAUGUAGCAGGAAUGCUAAGCUAAGCUAAUAAUAAUACUAACGGCUCAAAUAAAUCGCAAUACCGUACCCCCAACACGGAGCCAUUGGCGGUACAAAAGUUGCAUUACUAUCGUUUGUCCACCAGAGGGCGGCAGAGUUACGCGCCUCAUUGACUGUCAUCCACCAUUUCAACUCUCAGCCAUGAAUUUCUGUUCAAGUGCCUUAUUUUGUUGACUUUUAUCAAAACUACCGCAAGUACCUCACGCGACCAGCUUCCAGCUGUACGUCAGUCACCCACGCCCACACGCUGCCAGAGCCCGCCCCUUUCUUAUUAGCGACACUCAAAUCUGAGCCUGGCGUCCUUUUUAAAUGCAAAUCCGUUUAUGACGAAACGUUUCAGGAUAAAGUCGUGAAUUUACGAGUAACAAGUGGUAAGAUUAGGAGAAUAAAGUGGUGGUAUUAGGUGUUGUACAUGUCAGAGGGAAAUAGAGCACAGCUCUUCAGGAAGCAAGGAAACCUUCCUCUUUGCUUUAGAACGUGGCAGCAUGGAUUAGCAUGGCUAGCUAGCACUUGUCACUUCCGCCUUCCUUCCCCAGCCCCCCUCCACAUGCCGUAAAUCCUUCCUUUUCACAGCCGUCUCAGGCAAUGCCUGGAACAGGUUUUUCUCCUAAAUUCAUUCUAAUAUGACGAGUGUUUUCCUGUAAAUUUGCAACUUCAUUCUCCUAAUAUGACGAGUUGUUUCUUAUAAAUGUACAAUUUUAUUCUUGUAGAUUUACGAGAUUAUUCUCAUAUGACAAUUUUUUUCCCUCAAAUUUACAACUUUAUUCUCGUAAAAUUACAAGUUUCUUCUGAUAAAUUUAUAACUUUAAUUCUUGUAAAUGUUCGACUUUAUUCUCCUAUUAUGACUAUUUUUUUCUUGUAAAUUUACACUUUAUUCUGGUAGAUUUACAACAUUCUCGUUAAAUUUACUACUUUAUUCUCGCAAAUGUACGACAUUAUUGUUCUUGUUUCCUUCAUGUGUCCCAGCACUCCAUUAUUGAAGGAAAAUGGCAUAUUUUUCCCCCCAAGAAAAAGUCACAGUGACACGAGGCCAGAGUCAUACUGUUAACACAAUGAUGUUAAUUAACGUGAAUAAAAACUACAUUUAUGUUUUUUGGUGAUACUCAGGACAAAGUUGUAAUUGCAUGGGAAAAAAGUCACAAAACUGUAUUUAAGAAAUGAGAAAUUAGAAAAUUGGGAAUCGGAGAAAAAUGUUGAAAUGUUACAGGAAUGAAGUCCGACUUUGAAAUGUUUGACUUUAUUCUCGUAAAUUUAAAUGUCAUUCUUUUCUCUUUUAAAAUGAACAAUUAACGAAGCAACCGAUUACAUUUAUUGUGACGUCUUUGUGAAAUUCCAAAUAGUUUUUCUGCGGUGUUGCACGUUACGGUAAUUGUCAUUUUGGGGGGCAGAAAAAUUUGUAACAUGAGAAAAAUGUCAAUUUUUUAUGUUGGUAAACUGGCAUUCUUUUAAAUAGUAAUAAUAUGAGUUCAUUCAAAAAAUUCAAAAAUUCAGAAUGUAAUUUAGUAAAAUGACUUCUUAUAUUGUCAACUUCUUUCUGGAGAUGAGUUUUGUGGGUUUGUUUUAGCUUUAAUGGCAGCUGAGCUGUCGCCAAUCUGCCGAGCAGAAUCCUUCCUCGUCCCGUCACGCCGUUACGAGAUUAUUUAGAGCAGCUUCAAUUGUACGAGCGUUCAUCUGUUUUUAAAGACAACAAAAUGGUGAACUGAAACGAGUGUCUGUUUUCCCACAGUCCCUGAAAGCAACAUGUUAACCAUUUGAGCUUCCAUUAUCACGGAAAAAAACUCAAGUCUAAAUGUUUGUCGUGUCUAAAAAGUUUCUCCAUGUUUUUAGUUUUAAGAUGUUCAACGCUCAGAUUGUUUUAUAAAAAUAUCUGUAGAAUAUUUCAGCAUUAGUGCCUUGUUUGGAUGCUUGAUGGACUGUUGGAAAAAAACAGUUUUGUUACUUUCAACUGAGUUUUUAAUGCUGUUUUUCUUAUUUUAUUUCCAAAGGGAAUUAAAAGGUAAUUACACUUAAUGAUGGCAUUUUUACUGCUUGUUGUUUUGAGUUUUAAUUUCCACAGCUGAGCCACAUCAUCAAAUUGAAACCACAUACAGUACAUAGAAAUAAUAUUCUAUAGAUUUUUAAAUGAUGUAUAAUAAAAUGGUAUACUAAAAUAUAUAAUUUAAAUGUAAUGCACUUCAAAACAAACACAAUACUGUCACUCUUUUUUAUUUAUUUUUUUCUUACCAGAUUAUUGUUUGGAUGAUACAAAAAAAAAGAUAAAUGUUGAAUUGUAUAUAAUACACACUUUCUCUUUGGAUUGCAGCAUAGUGACAUAAAACAAUUAAAUUAUGAUCUAAAAACUCUGUGCUCAAGAUUCUUCGACGCAUCCACGUGCACGCACACACACACACACACACACACACACACACAGAUAUGAUAGGUAUGUUUGCCACCAAAAAUGAACAUGAAAUAAACGUUAGCAACAAGUAAUUAGUGCUAGUAGUUAGGAUUGUAUUGCUUAAUUGCGCUUGUUGAGAACACAAUAAGUAACUUGGUAGCUGGAAAUAAAAAGGCCUCAAGGGAGGAGAAGAAGAAAAGAGGUAGUAAAAGCAGUCAAACUCUCAAACUACAUGCACGCUUUCAAAAAUGCUGUCAACCUGCCUUCUUGACGGCGGCCGCCCGAGGGCGCCACGGUGGCGAACAGACAAGAAACCAUAAAAGUGAUGAAUAAUUAAAGGAAAUAAAUACAAACAGGCGUACAUGUAGUUGCCCUCAAAACAGACCUCCCCCAAGGCAGAUGUUAAGCAUACUUAUUUGGACAUCUACGUGAAAGUUACUGACAUCAUUCAUGCAGACAAAGUGUCUGCUGGGCCUUGGCGGAGGCCUGCGGGGACGAACGCUUUCCAAACCGGUGUAAUCACCUCAAAGAAAAGGAACCUGUGGCAAAGAACAUUGCCGAGUCAUCUCGGCCACAAAGCCAUCAUCAACAGCAUCAGAAAUAAAAAAAAAUGAUUUUGUACGACUUUAAAAGCGAAGCGCUCACUUUUUUGUGCAAAUGAAGUGGAAACAUUGAUAUGAGAGGAACAAAAUAAAAAACAUCCGGACGAGUGCAGCCAGUGGGCGUUCCAAAACCACCCGCGGCACUACGAGUAGCCAGCAGGGGGCGACCUCUCGUUGCAGUAAGAACUGAUGACUUCUUUCUCUUUUGAAAAAGUUUCAUGAGGCGUUCGCAUUCCAACUUGAAGUAAAAUAUCUCUCGCACGCACACACACACACACACACUCCUUUUCUUUAUGCCACAAACGUCCUAAAAUCCUUUCCAACGUAACAACACGCCGUCAGGCACCUGCACUAACCAACCAUCUUGCUAAUCAUCAAUCAAUCAGUGGACCAAUGAUAUUCAACCUUCUAUUUUCCCUCACAUGACAAAGUGCCUUGUCCAACAUUAUCAUCAUCUUCCUCCUCGGGCGUUAAAAAGGACAAACUAUGGUAAUUUUUCGUGUAGACGAGCGCGACUGUACAGUGCUAAUAGCAGCAAUUAUUCAUGGAAUCACAUGUGCAAUUUGUUUUUUUUUUCCCAAAAUAAAACAAGACAACAAUAAAAACAAGACUUCACCAAACGUGUUGCUUGUACGAAGCACGUGGAUUAUUUCUGGAUGAAAUACCUGCUAAUGUCCGCGUACGGCGGGGACUGUGUGCAGUCACAUGACAGCGCUACUCAAGGCUCUUUUUUUUUUUUUUUUUUUAAGGACUGUUAGGGCCACUCCACCAACAACCCCCCCAUCCCCCAAAAUUUGUUAUGCAACGCUACGAUACGCAAGGAUGAAAUCGUUAUGUAAAGUCCUGUUUUUUGCAGGAACAAAGUCAGAAUAAGACCGAAAAACGACACUGAAGUCAUUUUUUUUUUACUAGAAAAAUGUUGUAAUAUGAAAAGAGUUCUAACAUUACGACAAAGACAUACUUUACGAGAAAUAAUGUUACCACACGCAAGUCAUUUUUCCUUGAAAUGUCGGAAUAUGACAGAAAACUUGUAACAUGCAAAUUAUGAGAAAAAUGACGGAAUGACACAAAAGUUACGACACUAUAAAGUCAUAUUUUACGAGAAAAAUGUCAUAACGUUACGACACCAAAAUCAUAUUUUUCUUAAAAAAUGUUGGAAUAUGACAAAAAAGUUGUAACAUUAUGACACUAAAGUCAUAUUUUUACAAGAAAAAUGUAUUAACGUUAAGACACUAGUCAUAUUUUUCUUUAAAAAAUGUCAUAUGACAAAAACGUUGCAACAUGACGUUUUUGUCAUAUUUUAGGAAAAAAUGUGGUAAUAACGUUACAACACAAGUCAUAUUUUACAAGGAAAAUGUUGACGUAACGUUACGACAGUAGACAUAUUUCUCUAGGAAAACGUAAUUUGACAAAAAAAGGCUGUGAUUUACGAGACUAAAGUCAUAAUUUCAACAUAAGGCUACGUCACUAAAGUUCUCUGUUGACGGAAAAAGUCAUAAUUGUAUGAAAAAAGACGCAAUGUCACAAAACUACUCAUUAUGUUCAAGAAAAAAGUUUGAGGAAAAAUGUCGUAAACCUUUUUCGUACAUUGUAGUCAUUUGUCAAGAAAAAUUUGAUGAGAAAACCAUAAAAAAAAAUCACAUCUCUAUGAGAAAAAAGUUGAAAUGUUACAACAUUAAAAGUCAUGUUUUGUGGAGGAACAAAGUUGUGAUGUAGAAUA